AUGUCAUAUUACUUUAAAAAUUUGAAGCCGGAUUUAAAUUCUGAUGUUGAAGAAGACGAAGAGAACUUAUUGGGGAAGAUAUUGGCAGACAGGAAUAAACAAGAGGUCGAACAACAAGAAUCAAGCGACGAUGACUUGAAAACCUUGUCUUUUAGUUCUUUGAAGAAAGCCGAGACACUGAUGGACGAAGAAGAUUUGAAGGAUAACAAGCCGGUUCACAAAAAGCAGAUUGCAACUACAUACAAGGAAGAAAGUUUUGACGAGGACGAGAGUGAGGACAAAUCAGAAGAAGAGACUGGAUUUUUCGAAGAAGAUAGUGGAGAUGAAAAUAAUUAUAACCAAAAGGCAUCAAAAAAAAGGAGCAAACAUGCGCCAACAGAACAGUCAUCCAAGAAAAGGGCAUCACGAGUGAGAGAUAUCCCAGGGCUGGAAAUACCGAGAAAUAAAAGGUCAAAUCUUUAUCAGGACAUAAGAUUUGAUAAAUCCACCGGUAAAGCCAUCGAUACGUCCGUCAUAAGAAAGCGUUACCAGUUUCUGGACGAAUAUAGAGAAGGGGAAAUUGAAGAGCUUCAAAAACUAUUAAAAGAUAGGAAAUUCUUAUCUAAAAUUGACGCAGAAGAUCGUGAAGAAAUGGAACAAAAGUUGAAAAGUAUGAAAUCAAGACUGCAAUCAAUGAAAAAUAAAGAUCUGGAACGUAACAUCCUUAAGGACUACGAAAAUGACCUGAAUAAGGAUAAUAGCACGAGGUACCACUUGAAAGAGUCUGAGAAACGUAAAGUGGUACAGAAAUGGAAGUUUGAUCAUAUGAAGACUAAACAGCGUGAAAAGGUCAUGGAAAGGAAAAGGAAGAAGAGAUUGGGUAAGGAAUUCAAACAAUUUGAAUUUCACAAUCCUAGAUAA